CGACUGGUUUACAAAAUUAUUUUCUAUUGGAAGGAUCAAGACCAUAAAUAAACCUGCAAGGACAAAAUGGUUUUUCUGUCAAUAUUCAGAAAUGCAAGCACCAUGUACACACGAAAAACAGUUGGGAGAUGCCCAAAGCCAGAUAAAUACUGGAAGAGAAGCAUGUAUUUCAGAAUGAUGUGGAAAUAUUAUGGUAGAAGACAGCACAUAUAUUCACUUGGUGCACGUACUGUACACAGAGCACUUCGUUAUUCCACACACAGUACAGGAUUGAAGAAAAAAUACAUGCGAGAGAUGUGGACUAUGAGGUUAGGUGCAGCAUGUAAUCAACACGGUAUAGAAGAAGAUGAAUUUUUAUCAUCACUUACAGAGGCCAAUAUCCCAUUAAACAGAAAAGUACUGACAGAUUUAAGUAUAUAUGAACCAAGAUCAUUUCAGAGCUUAACUACAUUUGCCAAACAAAGAAAUGAAGAAAGUGGACUAUCGGAUGCAUUAAAACCAACAUUUUCAGGAAUAUUGACACAUGGAGAGAAGAAAAAAUAAAAUAUCAAAAAGAA